AUGGUGGCCAUCAUUCUAUAUUUUUUCCUAUCCACCAUGAUGGGCAUUAUACAAAUUGGUGUUAAAUUCCUGUGGGUCACACUUUAUCGAAUCAAGAGAAGAUCUACUGCACCUCAAGGUUUGCUCAUCUCGGCUAUUCUGUUGACAUUUGGAUUACUUGCAUUAAAUUAUUCAGUCACUUCUGUUGUGGCGCCCGGAUAUGCACAUUACGGAAGUCAAGUCUUUUGUAACCAUACGGACGGCGGACGUAGAGAUUGUUCUUACGAAGUAGAUAAAAUUGUUCCUUGCGAUAUUUAUGCUCCACAAGAAAUUUGUACACCCACCGUGUCUUCUACAUUGAUUGACAGGAUUACACUAAAUACACCCGUCUUUGGCUUGAUUUUCUACUAUUCUCAAUGGAUCUUUUUGCUGUCAUUUAUUCUUGGCUUUAUCGUUGCUCUAUUCAAAUCGCCAAGAUUCAACCAAGACCCUGAAGAAGCAGAGUCUUUGUUAAAUGAUGAAGAAGAAGAAGAAGCUGAAGCGAGUACCGGUCGUCAUCAUUAUACCACUACUACUCCUGCUACUACUGCAGCCCUUAAUAAUGAUGAAGGUUUAAUGGAUGGUAGACAGCAUCAUUAA